AUGUCGGCCUCCCAGGGUGCCCCGUACGUCCCAUCUCUCGUCACCUCUGCCCAAUUCUCAUCUCCCCCCAGCAAGCGCAUCAGGAUCACUGUCGUUGCCGCCGAUGGCUUGUCCAAACGCGAGGUCUUCCGCCUCCCCGACCCCUUCGCCGUCAUCACUGUCGAUGCCGAGCAGACGCACACCACGAGCGUGAUGAAGAAGACCCUCAAUCCGUACUGGAACGAGAGCUUUGACAUUACCGUCAAAGACAACUCUGUGAUCGCCGUCCAGAUCUUCGACCAGCGCAAGUUUAAGAAACGUGACCAGGGCUUCCUCGGUGUCGUCAACGUAAAAGUCUGCGAUGUAAUUGACCUCGAGCUUGGUGGUCACGAGAUGCUUACCCUCGACCUUAAGAAGUCGAACGACAACCUCGUCGUCCACGGCAAGCUCAUCAUCUACCUCUCCACCAACGUCAACGGUGUCUCCGAAGCUCUCGGCGGCCUCUCCGUCGGCCAGUCCGCAAGUGCUAGUUCCACCAAUCUCGCGUCCACUGGUACCCUCUCCCGCACACCCAGUGCAUCUGCCACGUCUGCCACCGCCGCCGAGUCUCCUGUCUCCAUGCCCAUCCCUCAGGUGACACCCGCUACCCCGGAGCCCGAACCGAGCGUCCCUACCCCCGCUGCUCUCCCUGUCAGCGCAAGUGGCAGCCCCGUCACUACCCCUCCCUCCCAAGUCCCUGCGACAACCAAUGCCAGUGCUGCGGCGCAUACGGCGUCCAACAACAAUGCCCAAACGCGUAACUUCAACCCCCACGAAGACCAGUAUGGCCCCCUGCCGACUGGAUGGGAGCGUCGGAUCGAUCCUCUUGGGCGCACGUACUACGUUGACCACAAUACCCGCACAACCACAUGGCACCGUCCUUCAGCCAACCAGACUCUCAAUUCCAACAACCAGACUGGCGAGACGGACGCUGCGCGCAACCAGCACAACCGCCGUAUUCUCGCAGAUGACAUGCUGGACACGAGCGCCGCCGCUGUUGCCCACAGCGGCUCUAUGACUGGUCAGGAGCCAGGAAACCCGCCACCCCAAGCCAACCCCGGCGCACCCGCUGCUGGAGGUCUUGGUCCUCUACCCGCCGGAUGGGAGGAGCGUCACACUCUUCAGGGCCGCCCGUACUACGUGGACCACAACACGCGCACUACCACCUGGGUGGACCCUCGUCGGCAGACGGUCAUCCGGGUCAUGGGCCCCAACGGGCAGAACUCGGCCCUUCAACCCCAGACGAUCUCACAACUCGGGCCUUUGCCGUCCGGAUGGGAAAUGCGUCUCACCAGCACCGCGCGUGUAUACUUCGUGGAUCACAACACGAAGACAACGACAUGGGACGACCCGCGUCUGCCCUCGACGCUGGAUGCGAACGUACCGCAGUACAAGCGCGACUUCCGCCGGAAGCUCAUCUACUUCCGCUCGCAACCUGCGAUGCGCAACCAACCGGGCAACUGCCAGAUCAAGGUCCGCCGAAACCACAUUUUCGAGGACAGCUACGCGGAGAUCAUGCGCCAGACGCCAAACGACCUCAAGAAGCGGCUGAUGAUCAAGUUCGAGGGCGAGGACGGUCUCGACUACGGUGGACUGUCCAGGGAGUUCUUCUUCCUGCUCUCGCACGAGAUGUUCAACCCAUUCUACUGUCUGUUCGAGUACUCGGCGCACGACAACUACACGCUCCAGAUCAACCCAGCGUCGGUUCAUCGGUCGGUGCUAGGUCUCGGCAUCUUCCACCGCCGCUUCCUGGACGCGUAUUUCGUCACGGCGUUCUACAAGAUGGUGCUCCGCAAGAAGGUUGUCAUCGCCGACUUGGAGAGUGUCGAUGCCGAGCUCUACCGUGGUCUCAGCUGGAUGCUGGACAACGAUAUCACCGACGUCAUCGACGAGACGUUCACUACCACCGAGGAUCGCUUCGGCGAGAUGGUCACCGUCGAGCUUAAGCCCGGAGGCGCAGACAUCCCGGUCACCGAGGAGAACAAGAAGGACUACGUCGGCCUCAUCGUCGAGUACCGCAUCUCGCGGCGUGUCAAGGAGCAGUUCGAUGCUUUCAUGUCCGGCUUCAGCGAGCUUAUUCCUCAAGACCUCAUCAACGUGUUCGAUGAGCGCGAACUUGAGUUGCUCAUUGGUGGUAUGUCCGAGAUCGAUGUCGACGAUUGGAUCAAGUUCACGGACUACCGUGGGUACGAGGUCAACGACGAGGUCGUUCAGUGGUUCUGGAAGUGCGUGCGGAGCUGGCCGGCCGAGCGCAAGUCGCGCUUGCUCCAGUUUGCGACUGGGACGUCGCGUAUCCCAGUCAACGGCUUCAAGGAUCUGCAGGGAUCGGAUGGACCCCGUCGAUUCACGAUCGAGAAGAGCGGAGACCCGAACCAGUUGCCGAAGAGCCACACGUGCUUCAACCGUAUCGACCUGCCGCCGUACAAGGACUACGAGACGCUGGAACAGAAGUUGACGUGGGCCGUCGAGGAAACUAUGGGUUUCGGUCAGGAGUAG